GCAUUUAAAGCUUCUGGUUUGAAGAUCAAUGUCACCCACUCUUUCUCUCUCUUCAAUAACGUUACAAUUCCUCUCAAAAUCGCUGCAAGUUCAAAACUUUCUUCAAGAUUCGAAGCUUCUUGACCUAAAAUGGUGAUACCCAUUUGUCAAUUUUGCUGUUUCAUUUCUCUUUAGACGGACUUUGGUUUAUAUACAAAGUUAUAGUAGCAGCCGCCUCUAAAUCCUACAUAACGAGAUGGGUGCUCAUAAACAUGGCUCAAAGAGUAGCGGUGGAAGCGGUUACGUUGGCGGUUUUCUCCAUUUGUUCGACUGGAAUGCAAAAUCUCGCAAGAAGUUGUUCUCAAGCAAGACGGAAUCACCAGAACAACCGAAGCAAACAAAGAGAACCGAUGGCAACAUGCCCAUGACUCGUUUCAAUAUGAUGGAUGAAGACGACAUGAUAGGUGGUAUGAGCAUGAAAGGAAGUAGUGAUUACAGUUGCGCAACGUCAGUAACCGACGAAGACGGUUACGGCACCAAAGCACCCGGGGUCGUUGCAAGACUUAUGGGAUUAGAUUCAUUGCCAACCGUUAAUUUCUCAGACACGUAUUCAAAUCCGUCUUUUGACUCUCAGUCUCUUCGAGAUUUGUCCACAAGUUACGUUAGAAAAGAACCCGAAUUUGAGCCCGUUGACUGUCAAAUGGAGCCCGUUUCCGUUUCUAGACCCGUAAAAGUCAAACCGCAGAAGAUGGUGAUUGGCAGGGCGAUUGAGAAGUUUCAAACCGAAACUUUACCGCCAAAAUCGGCUAAAUCGAUCCCGAUUACCCGUAACAAGCUCUUAUCUCCGAUUAAAAGCUCGGGAUAUGUGUCAUCGAGUAAUCCCGCUCGUAUAAUGGAAGCUGCAUCGAAGAUACCGCUUGUUGGAUCGUCGUCACCGUCACCGUCAUCUUCAAUUCAGUUUAGAGUGAAAGUUUCAAAAAAACCGAAGCUACCCGAGCCUCCUCGCAGGCCAUUAGAGUCAACAAAUGUCAAAAACGUGAAAAGUCAACAGUCGUCAGAACCAAAAAAGUCAAUUUCAUUAGCUCUUCAAGCCAAGGCUAAUGUUCAAAAACGCGAAGGGUUGAAUCAUCGAUCGCAGUCGGUUAGAACUCAGUCUAAUACCGAAAGAAAUCCACCGAAAAAUCCCGUUUCUUCAAAUGUUCUAAAGCAGAAUAAUCAGAAACAAAAUGGUUUAGUUGACCGAGGAAAGUCAACCACAAAGUCUUCGUGUUCUACGACCGGCUCACUAGCGAGAAAGCCCGUUUCCCAAAAAACGAGCCAUAAAAAGGAACCGUACUCCACCAGAAGAAAACGCUCUAUGGAAGAAAGUGAGCAUACUAAUAAUCAUCCCGAAAAGAAUUCUGUUGGGGAUAGACAGUAUAGAAGUAACCGAAGUGGAAGUGAUGUUGUUUCGUUUACUUUCACCGCUCCGAUUGCACGCCCUGUGGUCUCUAACAACGGUUCUCCGUCCACUAAUCGAAUUAAAAACACGCCCGACUUGACCGAUAAUGUUUCAAACUUGUCGUCUUUGACGUAUAAUGUCAUUGGGAGUGAUGCUUUAAGUACCCUUCUGGAGCAAAAGUUAAGGGAACUAACCGAUAAUUCCGAAUCCGUGUCUCAAGAUUUGUUUGUAGCGAUGGAAACCGAUGUUAGAGAUGAUUCGAGUUACGGGUUUUCUUCGUACAAGCCUGAUCAGGAUCAAGAUAGAAAUGAUUCAAGUUACGCGUUUUCGACAAAUGAUCCUUUAGAACUUAUGAAGAAGCAUCACAAUCUUAAUUCGGGCGGAGAUCUAAUCAAUAAAGAUGAAUCAAGUUUCGGGUUUUCUUCAUCUGAUCCUCAAGAACCGAUGUUUCGCGACUAUGAGUAUCGAAAAUAUCUUUUUGGUAAACAACCGAGCCCAAACUCGGUACUCGAACCAUCUUUCACCACCGAAAGCUGUAACUCUUCGUAUACUGCGGAUAGUUGCAGGCAAAAUUCGACUUCGGUUCAAGCGCAAGAGCUAAUCGCUGCAAGUCUUACAACACGCCCGACCCCGAUGGAUGUUGAUACUGAGUUAUUAGACUCGGCUUCUUCCAUCACAACGGUUACCAAAUGGGAACCGGAUUACGUGAAAGAAGUGCUUGCAAACAUCGAGACCAUGUUUGUCGAUUUCACCAUAGGCAAGACCCGAAAGCCGGUGAACCCACGUGUGUUUGACCGGUUAGAAGUUGGUAAACCGGUUGAAGAAGUGGCUAAGUUAAGGCGCGAGCUCAUGUUCAAUUGUGUGAGUGAGUGUAUGGAGACGCGAUGCAGGGUGUGGGCCAAAGGGCUAGCGGUUGUGAGAAGACCGGACUGGUUAGCUCAAGAAGUGUACCGAGAGAUCACAGGGUGGGAAGAUAUGAAAGACAGGAUGGUUGAUGAGCUUGUUGAUAUGGAUAUGAGCGGUCAUAGUUACAAAAAAUGGCUCGAUUUUGAUGUCGAAGAGUUGGAAAUCGGGGUCGAGAUCGAAUCCCGAUUGCUUGAUUCUUUGAUCAAUGAAAUAGUGGAUGAUAUCUUAGUUCUUUAAGGGAGACAGUUCUGUUUUUUUUUUUUUGGUGAUUAAAUUAGAUAUGAAUAGUAGUUUUAGAAAUUGUAAUGGUCUCGACUUGUAAAAUAUUUUAUGCAUGGUAAAAUUUUCCAAUUCGUUUUGAGUA